AUGAGUGGAAACCAAGUGAAUAUCGGGUCGGAACAACAGCAAAUAGUCGGGUCUCGAACGGUAAGCGUGGAAGAGGUACCGGCAGUUUUGCAGCUUCGAGCUACACAAGAACCUUCAAGGACUGAAGGAGCAAGAUCAACGAGGCACAAUGUGAGAUGGGAGGAAAGUGUGAUUGAUAAUGAAAACAUGAAUAAAAAAAAAACCAAAAUUUGUUGUAUUUUCCAUCCUCAAGACGAACCUGACGAGGAGUGCCACCAUCCGCCAGAUCAUGAUGAAUCUUCGUCAUCGUCGUCAUCGUCGUCUUCUGGGUCUGAGGACGAAAAGGAUCUUGACUUCAACGAACGCAGAAAGAGAAGACUGGAAAGACGUCAUCGUAACCUCGAGACAAAAAGGUCGUACAGCCCCAAUGCCUAUGAGUUCCAACCAGAUUAUUCUGAGCAUAGGCGAAAGCAGCUAGAAAAAAAAGACUAA